UGAGGGGGCAGGCUGCCCGAAGUCUUAAAGUGCCCAAUUUUUUGUCGCUUUUUGGGGGAAACACUGAGAGGGCUUCUCUCUGUGUUGUUCCUGGCUGAACUGACAGCUCUGCGCAGGAGUCUGUGUGCAUGUGUGUGAGUGUGUGUGUGCAGGUCGGUGCAGGUCAGCGCGUGCGCACGUGUGUGUGUGUGUGUGUGUGUGUGUGUGUGCGUCGCAUUCCCGUGUUCUUGCCAUCAUGAGUGCAUCGCCACGGCAACUCCUCUGAAGCUUUCAGGUGAAGCUGGCAGCAUCUGGACCACUGAAACAGGUGUGUGUGUACAGGUACGAUGGGGUGCGGACUGCACAGGUUGAAGCGUUCUGAGGAGGACAGCCCAGGGAAGAUCUACUCCACCCUCAGGAGACCACAGGUGGAGACCAAGGUGGGCGUGGCCUACACCUACCGCUUCCUGGACUUCCUGCUGGGGAAUGCAGAGGUGCCCGGCUCGUCCACGCCCUGCCUGUCCUCUGUGAGGGAGCUCCCGGGGCAGCUGCAGGACCUCUACCUCCAGGGCUUCCUGCUGGCCGCCCUGCACCCCUUCGUACACCCCUGCGGCCCCCCCAACGCCAGCCUGCAGCGCCAGCUCUACAGAGCCGUGCUGAUCCGCCCCUCCCACAGUGUGGAGGAGUCUGAGAGCCGGUGGCUGGAGAUUGAUGUGUGCCAGCCCCCCGGGUCGUUCCCAGACAACGAACUCGUCCAGGGCUGCGUCAAAAAGGUUCACGAUGCGGCGGAGCAGGGCUCCAUGUUCGUGGGGUUCGUCCAGCAGGUCGCCAUGGUGACGGGCGUUCCAGGGCAGGGCGAUGGGGACGACUAUUCCCUCUCCCUCCAUUCCAGCCCCUCCUCCUUCCUGAGGGACGAGCUCGACCAGAACCAGAACCCCGAGCUCUGGAGCAGACUGGAACCCACACAGGAGGGCUGUGAUCCAAAUGACCCAGACAAGCUGAACCGGGACGACCCAGAGAAUCAGCUGAGCCUUAAAACAGAGAAGGCCAGGAGCCCGACCCACAUGGAGGAACCCACAGGACCUGUGGAGAGGACGGAGCUCUUCUCCCUGUUUAACCACCAGGGGGCGCCGUCCCCGGAGCCGGCGCGGUUCUACACGCUCAGGGUGCCCCUGCGGCUGGAGUGGCGGGACGCGGCAGUCAGCCAGAUGGAGGCCGGCUGGCUCGAUCACAUGACCCAGCACUUCAGCGGCGGCGCCUCUCUGGUGGACGGCUACUUCCACCUGGGGACCCAGCCGAGCGGUGAGGCGCUGCCGGAGACGGUGGAGGGCGUGUUCGUCUUUCAGGAGGGGGCGGAGUCAGAUUCUUCUGCCUCAGCAUUCGAUGCCAUAGUGGUGGAGCAAUGGACCGUCAUUCAGAGAGAGGAGGACGUGGGAGUAGAUUUCUGUGACGUGGUUCUUUUCUCUCACAGUGAUGGAAGUUUGUUCACCAAACAGAUCUUGUUUCUUCAACGGCCUGUCCUCCACCGCAAGAGAAGAGAGAUCAAGAGACUGAGUCUCAACCUCAGGAGCAAAUCUAAUAAGAACUGUGAGAAAGACGCAGCAGAGAAAAAGAACAGAACCGCGAAGAAACCCACGCCCAGCGCCACGUCCUGCGCCACGCCCAUCACCACGCCCAAGAGCACCUCCAAAGAGCUGGAGGCAGAGAGGCGGGGCCAACCGGUGACAAUCGAGGAGGCGGAGAGGAGAGCGGAGAGAGAGGACAGUGAGCGAGUGGGGAGGAAGAAUGACAAGAACAGGCAGAACGAGAGGGAGAAGAAGGAGAGAGAGGCGGAGCCAGGGAAGAGGGAAGCAGGGGCGGAGCCACAGGAGAGAGGGUGCGGGGCUGAGGCUCUUGGGCACGCCCCCUUGAAGCCUGACUCUGCUGGAUGUCGGAGCAGAGAGGACGCAGAGGGCGGAGUCACUGUGAACGAGUGGGCGGAGCUUGCAGAGGAGCCUGCAGAGGGCGGAGUCACCGAGCAGCUGGGAGGAGGGGUUACAGAUGGACCAGGGGAGCCAGCCAAUGAGGGCCUUGGGGAGGUGGAGGAGGGCAGGGCCCGACAGGAUUUGGAUUCAGACUGCAUCCUCCUAACCUGACACCGCCAAAGUGGAAGCUCCGCCCACUCCAGUGGAGGACACGCCCCCACAUAUGAACACACCUGAGGGGCAUGUCUGUAUUAUAUAUUUUAAAAAAGACAAUGAACCACAAGAAGCCAUAAAAAUCUCUACUUUAAUUUGUGAUAGAACUUCACAAGACCCAGAGGGUAUUGUGGAUAAUCACAUUGUCAGUUGUAUGUUGUACUGGUCAUUGAUGUGGGUUAUGAAGUUUCUCCCAAUGUCACACACACAGGAGCAAGAGACUGUUCAAGGAGCAAGACUAGCAUCCAAAUUAAAUUAUUUCAGCUCCAAGGAUGUGACGACCAAUCAUUGAGGAGCUGAGUAGCAUUUGUGAGAGCUGUAGAAUCUGUGGUUUUAUGUUUGACACUGCUAUUAUACCCUCACCUCUUGCUGUAUCCUUCUGCUGUAUUUAGGACAGUCAAGUGUUUUUGAUCCCACCUGUUCAAUUCAGAAAAACGUACAGAAUGUGUGCUGUUUCCAUUAUAGCUCUGUAGCUGUGUAUUAUAGUGUCCGCCUCAGCAUAUAUAACCAUGUCAAAGGAGAAAGAAAAAAAAAAACAAUUCUUGUAUCACCUUGUGAUGUCACAGUCCCUAUGAGGUCACAGUGGAGUUUUUGUAGUUCCUCCCCCGCACACAAACACACAUGAAUAUGUAUGCGCACAGGCACACCUGCCGGACGUUUUACGCGGUCUCGCACGGUUCCUCGUUAGCGGACGGGCAGACGGCGGCGCAGUAAUGAGUCCGCUCCAGGCGGAGGCCGGAGGGCGAGGGGGAUCGGCGGCAGACGAGCUCGGGUGCGAUCCGCCACUCCUCGCCAUCUGCCUCAUUUCCGUCUCCAGCUCAGUGAACCUGUGCGAGUGUUUGUGUGCCAUGUGGGCGUGAUUUUACACAACCACAUCCCCGCGCUAGAACUUUCUAUAGCCUGCAUCUUCUCACAGGGUUAAGACCCCAAAACUGUCAGCACUGCGCACCUGCGUGCCCCGCGCUGCGCAUCCGCCAUCCCGUCUGCAGGUAAUUUUUUUAAAAAGCACAAAACACACAAACAUGAAUAAACAUUAUUUAUUUCA